AAAACACAACUUAAAGCCUCACCACUUUAAAAGAAACUAGAGACAUUUUUCAAGACCUUGAUACAAGUGUGUUAAGUUUAUAAAAUCACCCUCACUUCAAUACCCCUUUAUUCGACACAAACACAUCCAACACACUCUCUUCACCACUUCCUCACUCCAAAAGUGCCAUUUCCAUAUUCCAAGUGUUCUCUCAUGGCACCUCCUCAAGAGGGACACUACAGGGGCGUACGAAAGCGGCCAUGGGGGCGCUACGCAGCCGAGAUCCGUGACCCGUGGAGGAAAACCCGUGUCUGGUUAGGCACAUUCGACACAUCCGAGGAAGCCGCCAUGGCCUACGACAAUGCGGCACGCUCACUUCGUGGUCCAAAAGCCAAAACAAACUUUCCACUACCAACACCCUCAUUGUCUCUGGGCCUCAACACGUUCCCAGCCGGUCAGUACAUCCAAUGGAUGGCGGCUCCGCCUCCUGCACAGUUUGAGUUUAUUCACUCUGGUGUGUUAAAAGAUCACCACCAUGUGGUGGUUAAUCAUGGUGGCUCCGGUGAGGUUCCGGUGGCAGAAGGGGAUGGGUUGGGUAUAGAUUUGAAUGAGCCUCCGCCUAUUUGGCUGUGAAAUGUUGUAAGGGAACGGCUGGUGUGUUUCUUGAUACUACGUCGUUUUAGUGAUCUUUUUUUAAGUGUUUUUUAGUUUUCUGUUAGUGGUCGUUAUGUUUGUUAGAAAUCUAGAUAUUAUGUGGAUGGUUUUUGGUUUA